AUGGAGAGAGUACCACCCAGUCCCUGCAGGAGAGAGUACCACCCAGUCCCUGCAGGAGAGAGUACCCCCAGUGCCUACAGGAGAGAGUACCCCCAGUCCCUACAAGAGAGUACAGCCCCUACAGGAGAGAGUACAGCGCCUACAGGAGAGUAUACAGUGCCUACAGGAGAGAGUACCACCCAGUCCCUACAGGAGAGAGUACAGUCCCCACAGGAGAGAGUACCCCCCAGUCCCUACAGGAGAGAGUACUGUACAGCACCUACAGGAGAGAGUACAGUGCCUACAGGAGAGAGUACAGUGCCUACAGGAGAGAGUACAGUGCCUACAGGAGAGAGUACCACCCAGUCCCUACAGGAGAGAGUACCACCCAGUCCCUACAGGAGAGAGUACAGUCCCAACAGGAGAGAGUACCUCCUAGUCCCUACAGGAGAGAGUACCACCCAGUCCCUCCAGGAGAGAGUGCCACCCAGUCCCUCCAGGAGAGAGUACCACCCAGUCCCUGCAGGAGAUAGUACAGUCCCUACAGGAGAGAGUACCCCCAGUGCCUACAGGAGAGAGUUCCCCCAGUCCCUACAAGAGAGUACAGCCCCUACAGGAGAGAGUACAGCGCCUACAGGAGAGAAUACAGUGCCUACAGGAGAGAGUACCACCCAGUCCCUACAGGAGAGAGUACAGUGCCUACAGGAGAGAGUACCACCCAGUCCCUACAAGAGAGAGUACAGUGCCUACAGGAGAGAGUACAGUGCCUACAGGAGAGAGUACAGGGCCUACAGGAGAGAGUUCCCCCAGUCCCUACAGGAGAGAGUACAGCGCCUACAGGAGAGAAUACAGUGCCUACAGGAGAGAGUACCACCCAGUCCCUACAGGAGAGAGUACAGUCCCUACAGGAGAGAGUACAGUCCCUACAGGAGAGAGUACCCCCCAGUCCCUACAGGAGAGAGUACCGUACAGCCCUACAGGAGAGAGUACAGCGCCUACAGGAGAGAGUACAGUGCCUACAGGAGAGAGUACAGGGCCUACAGGAGAGAGUACAGUGCGAACAGGAGAGAGUACAGUGCCUACAGGAGAGAGUACAGGGCCUACAGGAGAGAGUACCACCCAGUCCCUACAGGAGAGAGUACAGUGCCAACAGGAGAGAGUACAGUGCCUACAGGAGAGAGUACAGUGCCUACAGGAGAGAGUACAGUGCCUACAGGAGAGAGUACAGUGCCUACAGGAGAGAGUACAGUGCCUACAGGAGAGAGUACCACCCAGUCCCUACAGGAGAGAGUACAGUCCCAACAGGAGAGAGUACAGUCCCAACAGGAGAGAGUACCUCCUAGUCCCUACAGGAGAGAGUACCACCUAGUCCCUACAGGAGAGAGUACCACCCAGUCCCUACAGGAGAGAGUACCACCCAGUCCCUACAGGAGAGAGUACCACCCAGUCCCUACAGGAGAGAGUACCCCCCUACAGGAGAGAGUACAGCCCCUACAGGAGAGAGUACAGUGCCUACAGGAGAGAGUACCACCCAGUCCCUACAGGAGAGAGUACAGUGCCUACAGGAGAGAGUACAGUGCCUACAGGAGAGAGUACCACCCAGUCCCUACAGGAGAGAGUACAGUCCCUACAGGAGAGAGUACCGUACAGCCCCUACAGGAGAGAGUACAGUGCCUACAGGAGAGAGUACCACCCAGUCCCUACAGGAGAGAGUACCACCCAGUCCCUACAGGAGAGAGUACAGUGCCUACAGGAGAGAGUACCACCCAGUCCCUACAAGAGAGAGUACAGUGCCUACAGGAGAGAGUACCACCCAGUCCCUACAGGAGAGAGUACCUCCUAGUCCCUACAGGAAAGAGUACCACCCAGUCCCUGCAGGAGAGAGUACCACCCAGUCCCUGCAGGAGAGAGUACCACCCAGUCCCUGCAGGAGAGAGUACCCCCAGUGCCUACAGGAGAGAGUACCCCCAGUCCCUACAAGAGAGUACAGCCCCUACAGGAGAGAGUACAGCACCUACAGGAGAGAAUACAGUGCCUACAGGAGAGAGUACCACCCAGUCCCUACAGGAGAGAGUACAGUCCCUACAGGAGAGAGUACCCCCCAGUCCCUACAGGAGAGAGUACCGUACAGCCCCUACAGGAGAGAGUACAGCGCCUACAGGAGAGAGUACCACCCAGCGCCUACAGGAGAGAGUACCACCCAGUCCCUACAGGAGAGAGUACAGUGCCUACAGGAGAGAGUACCCCCCAGUCCCUACAGGAGAGAGUACCGUACAGCCCCUACAGGAGAGAGUACAGUGCCUACAGGAGAGAGUACCACCCAGUCCCUACAGGAGAGAGUACAGUGCCUACAGGAGAGAGUACAGUGCCUACAGGAGAGAGUACCACCCAGUCCCUACAAGAGAGAGUACAGUGCCUACAGGAGAGAGUACAGUCCCUACAGGAGAGAGUACCACCCAGUCCCUACAGGAGAGAGUAGUCCUGUAG